CAGAAAGUGAGUGAGAAGGUUGGAGGGGCCGAAGGGACCAAGCUUGAUGAUGAUUUUAAAGAAAUGGAAAGAAAAGUAGAUGUGACCAGUAGAGCAGUCAUUGAAAUAAUGACAAAGUCAAUAGAAUAUCUCCAGCCUAAUCCAGCUUCUCGAGCAAAACUUAAUAUGAUCAACACAAUGUCAAAGAUCCGUGGGCAAGAAAAGGGGCCUGGAUAUCCUCAAGCUGAAGCCUUGUUAGCAGAAGCCAUGUUAAAGUAUGGCAGAGAAAUUGGAGAUGAAUCAAACUUUGGUCCAGCUCUUGUUGACGUAGGAGAAGCUAUGAGGGAGCUUUCUGAUAUCAAAGACUCCUUAGACAUUGAUGUUAAGCAGAACUUCAUAGAUCCACUGCAAAAUCUGCAUGACAAAGAUUUAAAAGAAAUACAGCACCACUUAAAGAAGCUGGAGGGGAGGCGUCUGGACUUUGAUUACAAGAAGAAACGACAAGGCAAGAUCACAGAUGAAGAGAUUCGUCAGGCUUUAGAGAAAUUUGAUGAGUCCAAAGAAAUUGCAGAAUCAAGCAUGUUUAACCUUCUGGAAAUGGAUAUUGAACAAGUGAGCCAGCUUUCUGCUCUCGCACAAGCACAACUGGAAUAUCAUAAGCAAGCAGUACAGAUCUUACAGCAAGUCACUUCAAAACUGGAACAGAGAAUCAGAGAUGCUUCAAACCGACCAAGACGAGAAUAUCAGCCUAAGCCUCGAAUGAGUUUGGAACUUGCAUUGCCCGAGAACACUCAACAUAAUGGAGGAAUCUCUCUUGCUACUACUCCAAAACCAUCUGGUGCUGCCAUGGAUCAGCCAUGUUGUCGGGCUCUCUAUGACUUUGAACCAGAAAACGAAGGAGAACUUGGCUUCAAAGAAGGUGACAUCAUUACUCUCACCAAUCAAAUUGAUGAAAAUUGGUAUGAGGGGAUGCUUCAUGGCCAGUCGGGCUUCUUCCCCAUCAACUAUGUUGAUAUCCUUGUCCCACUGCCCCACUAA